AGGCUGCCAUUUUUUUAUUAUUAUCUCCUUCUCCUUUCCCUGGCUUUCAUCCAGAUCUAAUCUUCAAGAUUGGGAAGACAGAGAGGGAAUCAAAAGCCCCUGAAAUUGAAUCAAAAGCUAGAAUUAAGGACCAGAUGGCUGAGGUGGCUGUGAGCUUAGUUCUUGAAAGGUUGAUCCCCUUGCUCAAUCAAGAGGUGAAGCUGCUAAGAGGUGUUCAUAGAGAAGUUGAAGACAUUAAGGUUGAGUUAGAGUUCAUUUCUUCUUUCCUAAGAGAUGCAGAUGCGAAGGCGGCUAAGGAAGAUGACAACAAUGGGUUGAGAACAUGGGUGAAACAUACCAGGGAAGCAGCUUUCCGUAUAGAAGAUGCCAUUGAUGAGUACAUUCUUCAUGUGGGAAAACGCCAUCACCAGCAUAGAUUCAAGGCUUUCCUCCGGAAAAUUGAUUGUCGGGUAAAGAGUAUGAGAAAACGCCAUGAGAUAGCAUCGGAGAUUCAAGAUAUCAAAACAUCAGUACGCGAAAUCAGGGAAAGAAGCGAACGAUACAGCUUCAACACCUUUGCAUCAGGAGGCGCUGCUGAGAAUAAAACUUGGCAUGACCCUCGAAUGGGGCUCCAUUUCGUUGAGAAUGAUGCACUUGUGGGCAUUGAUUCUCUGAAAACGGAGUUGGUAAGCAAAUUGAUGCAUGGUGAAUCUCAUCGUACGGUUAUUUCACUGGUGGGCAUGGGAGGAGUUGGUAAGACAACUCUUGCCAAGAAAGUUCUUGAUGAACAAAUCGACACAGGACACUUUGACUGCCAUGCUUGGAUUACAGUCUCUCAAUCAUACAAGGUGGAGGAGCUGCUAAAGACCAUGAUAAGGCGGUUUUAUGAGUCCAGGAAAGAGUCUUAUCCUAGUGAGGUUAAUGCAAUGGACGGUAAUGAGCUGAUUAGCAAAUCCAGAGAAUAUUUACGGGACAAGAGGUACUUUGUAGUGUUUGAUGACAUAUGGAAAGAAGACUUUUGGGGAGAUGUAGAGUAUGCACUGUUUGGUAAUGACAGAAGUAGUAGAAUUAUGCUCACAACAAGGAGCAGGAAUGCCGCUGACUUUUGCAAAAGAUCAUCACUUGUUGAUGUCCUCGAGCUGAGACCUCUACCUCUAGAAUUGGCACAAGAGCUCUUAUGCAGAAUAGCAUUCCAAUUCGACGAAGAUAAGCAAUGCCCUCUAGAGUUGAAGGAAUUGUCUUUGGAUAUUGCCAAACGAUGUGAAGGCUUACCGCUUGCAAUUGUGGCCAUUGGUGGACUUCUGUCAAGUAAAGGCAGAGAUGUUGGUGAAUGGCAAGGCUUGCACGAUAGCCUCCAAUCACAAUUAGAAAGCAACAUACAUCUCACGCGUAUCAAAAAAAUUCUUUCCUUCAGUUAUCAUGAUUUGCCUUAUCAUCUCAAAUCUUGUUUCUUGUACCUUGGCAUGUUCCCAGAGGAUUAUGUUGUCAAUUGUGCAAGAUUGGUUCGACUGUGGAUUGCAGAGGGGUUUGUAAAACAACGAGAUGGUGCAACACUAGAAGACGCUGCUAGAGAAUACUUGACUGAGCUCAUACGCAGAAACUUGGUUCAAGCAGAAUGGGUUGAUUUUGAUGGUGUGGUUAGAGACUGUCGAGUCCACGAUUUAAUGCAUGAGGUCAUUCUUUCCAAGUCAGAUGAACUGAGUUUGAUACAAACUUCAGCCAAAAAUUUACAAUGUCCUAAUCAAACCGCUCGACACCUCUCAAUCAGGGAUGAAUCGAACAACUUGUCAAGAAGCAGCGGUUGCUCAAAAACUCAUUCAAUCAUCUUUUUUGAGGUAAACGAAUUUCCCAAAUCUUUGCUCAGUUCAUUGUUUGCGAAUUUCAUACUUUUGAAAGAAUUAGAUUUUGAGGGAGUUCCAUUGAAUUACUUACCUGAAGAAUUGGGAAACCUCUUGCAUUUGAAAUAUUUAAGUGUAAGAGAUACAAAAGUAAAGAUGCUCCCAAAGUCCUUAGCUAAGUUGCGCAACCUAGGAACUUUGGAUUUGAAACGUUCUCUUGUGCGUGAAUUACCAGUUGAGAUCAAUAAGCUCUCCAAUUUGCAACAUCUUAUAGCUUAUUCUGAGGAUUAUGAUACUAGACAAGGGGUGAAAAUACGCGGUACUCUUCGAAGUUUAAACUCCUUGGAAAAGCUUUAUUAUGUGGACAUGAAUGCACAAAAUAAUUUUGGUUUUAUUAGAGAGUUGGGAAGUUUGAAGCAUUUGAGAAAGUUGGGAAUCACCAACCUAAAAUCAGAAGCUGGGAAUGCUCUGUGCAAUGCCAUUGAGCAUAUGUCUUACCUCGAAUCACUGCAUGUUAUUUCAGUCAAGGAGAACGAACUUCUCCAAUUGCAAUCAAUGUCAUCUCCUCCCCUUCUUUUGAAUUGCCUUCGGCUUCAAGGACGUCUGGAAAAGUUGCCUGAUUGGAUUUCUGAACUAAAGUGCCUAGUUAGGAUUCGAUUAUUUUGGUCACAAUUGUCAGAUAUUCCACUCAAAAUGCUUGGGGGUUUACCUAAGUUAUUGGAGCUUGCUCUCUACAAGGGAUACAAUGGAGAACAACUGCAUUUUGAGGAUGGGUACUUUCCGGUACUCAAGGAGUUAACGCUUGAAGGGAUGGAUAGAUUUAAUAGAUUGAUAAUAGAUGAAAAAGCAUUGUGUCUUGUUGAAAUGCUUUGGAUUGAAUCUUGUCCAAGAUUGGAGGAGCUGCCAUCUGGCAUAUGCCAUAUGAAGUGCCUCAAAUAUUUGGAAAUUAGUGAUAUGUCGAAAGAAUUUGCUCGAAGAAUGCUACCGGAUGUUGGCCAAGACCAUUGGAAAGUUCAACAUAUACCAAAUGUCUAUUUCUACUUCAUGAAUACUCAACAACAAUAUUCAACCUACAAGCUCGGUGAUUCAAGCUUGUUAGACUACUUACGUUGAAAGUCUUCUGAAACUACAGGUGGUGCUUGUCUAUUAAUCCAGGAUGGUUAAAUUCCUUGAAAAAUCAAUCAAAAGAAGUGGCCAUUUCUUUCCCAUCAAGGCUGUAGUGUUCAAGAUGUGUUUUUUCUCCCUUGUGUUGUUUCUCCUAAAUUUGUUCAAAAACAAAACUAAGAGCUCUUCACAAGAACAUUUGGAACAGGUUUCGAACGGGAUCAAGAUUAUAUAUAAUUUGCAAGAAUGUUAAUGCCUAACGAGCUAGCUAGGCUCAAGAAGUACAUUAGCACUUGUGUUGUUGUGAGUUGUAGCCUUAAGACUAGCUAGUUUAUUGGCAGAAGCAAUCAUCCAUCUAUAUAUAUAUCCAAAAUCACUAAGACACAUGUUUGAUGUGAAGCUCAAUGCAUACUUGCAUCAUGUGACAGCUCUCU